CACACAGCCUUCAGGUUUCAAAAAUCCUUCAUGCAAUUAAGGUUUGAGUUCAUCCCAAGUUCGAAUUUAUAAAUGUAAUUCCAAAUCAAAUUCAAUCUCGAAGUUGAUUUCAAUUCUGAUUUCACAGAUGAUGGAGAUGUGGACUGUGGAAGGAAAUGGCGCAAUGAAUAAUUUCCUGAUGCAAUAAAAUAAUAUAGAGGAAGAAGGAACUUGACCAUGUCUGCGUCCUAAAAUAAUACUAGAGCAAAGAUAGAAGACAGAGACAUACAUGCAAGAAUAGCAAACCCUCUGAAUCAGAUUGAGAUGGCAAAUCUACCGCCAAAUUAGGGAACCCGAAACCAAAAGAAUUGGGAGAAAAUUGAAAGGUGGGCAAAUGCUGGAAUUGUGUGGAUGUGUAUCAAAUAGCUUGAGAUUUAUAUGGGGAGAGGAAAUCUCGUGGAUGGUGUUCGUCGCUGGUUUCAACGCCGCAACACUUCAUCAUCAUCGGUUUCAUCUUCUAAUACUGUAAAUUGUGGAGAUAAUAAUAAUAAUAUUAGUGGUCAGCCACAAUCGUCGGCUACUGUUGUGCGUGAAAGGCUAAGCGAGGAAGGAGUUGGAGAACAGCAGCUGGAAGAGGAGAAUCAGCUUAAGGUUAUUGAGGAUUUUGAUUUCUCUGGAUUAAAGCACAUUAAAAUUCCUAAACGAAAUACCCAUUUCGCUUUUGGCUUUGCUGCUACCACUACUACUACAAUGGAUGCACACAAGAAGGGCUCUGCUGAAGCAGAUUUCUUCACCGAGUAUGGAGAGGCGAGUCGAUACCAAGUACAAGAAGUUGUUGGAAAAGGCAGUUACGGUGUUGUUGCUUCUGCAACUGACACUCAUACUGGAGAAAAGGUUGCAAUCAAGAAGAUAAAUGAUGUUUUUGAGCAUGUUUCUGAUGCCACACGUAUUUUGAGAGAAAUUAAGCUUCUUCGGUUGCUUAAACAUCCUGAUAUUGUAGAAAUAAAGCAUAUCAUGCUUCCUCCUUCACGUAGAGAAUUCAGAGAUAUCUAUGUUGUUUUUGAGUUGAUGGAAUCAGAUCUUCACCAAGUAAUCAAGGCAAAUGAUGAUCUUACUCCUGAACAUUAUCAGUUUUUCUUGUACCAGCUUCUUCGUGGUCUGAAAUAUAUACAUACAGCCAAUGUAUUUCAUCGAGAUUUAAAGCCAAAAAACAUUCUUGCUAAUGCUGAUUGCAAACUGAAGAUUUGUGAUUUUGGUCUUGCUCGAGUAUCAUUUAAUGAUGCCCCAUCAGCUAUUUUUUGGACUGACUAUGUAGCAACAAGAUGGUAUCGUGCUCCUGAACUUUGUGGCUCUUUUUUCUCCAAAUACACCCCUGCAAUUGAUAUUUGGAGCAUAGGAUGCAUAUUUGCUGAAAUGCUUACAGGAAAACCAUUGUUUCCUGGGAAGAAUGUGGUGCAUCAACUGGAUCUCAUGACUGAUUUGCUUGGCACCCCUCCUCCUGAAUCAAUUGCUAGAAUUAGGAAUGAGAAGGCGAGGAGGUACCUUAGUAACAUGAGGAAGAAACAACCAGUUCCAUUCACACAGAAGUUCCCAAAUGUAGACCCUUUGGCUCUAUCCCUUCUUGAGAAAUUACUUGCAUUUGAUCCUAAAGAUCGUCCAACAGCUGAAGCGGCAUUAGCUUAUCCUUAUUUUCAAGGUUUGGCAAAUGUUGAUCGCGAGCCAUCAUCUACUCAACCCAUUUCAAAGCUGGAGUUUGAGUUUGAGAGAAGGAAAUUGGCAAAAGAUGAUGUGAGAGAAUUGAUCUACAGAGAGAUACUUGAAUAUCAUCCUCAGAUGCUGCAGGAGUACCUUCAAGGUGGAGAACAAACAAGCUUUAUGUACCCCAGUGGUGUUGAUCGAUUUAAGAGGCAAUUUGCACAUCUUGAAGAGAAUUAUGGUCAAGGUGGUAAAGGUGGAAAAGGUGGUAAAGGUGAAAGAGGCACUCCCCUCCUAAGGCAGCAUGCUUCCUUGCCUAGAGAACGGGUUCCUGCUCCCAAGGAGAAGACUUCUGAGAAAAACAAUGAUUCGAGUAGCCAAACUUCAUCUUCUGUUGCAACUAAUGGUUCAGAAAAUGCGGUGGUAACACAGAAUGGCUCUUCCACACCAAACCGCACCAAUCGUAGCUUAUUGAAGAGUGCUAGCAUUAGUGCUUCCAAGUGCAUAGGGGUCCAGUCACAAAUGGAUAUACAGGAGACAAUUGAUGAGCUCAAUAGUGAAUUUGAAAGUGACUCGUCUGAGAAGAUUGCAAACGAAAACCUCCAUGCCUGAUUCCUGAUUUUUGUCAUAAUCUCAUCUGCAAAUUCAGAUGGCUUUAACCUCAACAUCUGCUCAAUUUCCCUCAAUUAUAUGAACAGUGGGUGUUUCUCAAUGAGCUAAAAGGAGGAUCAUAACAGUAGGAGUUCAUUUUAUGAUAAGAGAUGGAUGCUUUCUUGUUAAUAGCUCCAUCUGUAAUAUUUUGUAUCAUCUGUAAUUUGGACAAACAAUAUAGUAUUAUUAUCUUUUCCCUUUGGCUUAGUGUGAUGUCAGGGGGAAAAAAGAAAAACAAUUUUGGCCUAAAGAGGAAGGGGCAUUAUUGGAUUAAUGUUUUCAAAAGCAAUGAAGAAAUUUCAGCUUUAAAUUA